CCCGCGCAUGCGCACCGAAGCCCCACUGCUGUUUGGCCGUUUCCAUGGCUACGAAGAGCGUUGACCAGGGGUCUGGGAAGGAGAAAAUGAAGCUCAAGAGCCUCCUGCUCCGGUAUUACCCGCCAGGAAUUAUGUUGGAAUAUGAAAAGAGUGGAGAAUUGAAGACCAAAUCGAUAGAUUUGCUCAGCCUCAGUUCCAGCACCGAUGUCAGUGCCUUGGUGGAAGAGAUACAGAAGGCAGAGCCUCUAAUCACAGCUUCACGAUCAGACCAAGUAAAGCUCUUAAUACAGAGAUUACAAGAUAAACUCAGACAGCACAGCAACCACAAAUUUUAUCUUUUUAAGGUUCUCAGAGCACAUAUACUGCCAUUGACUAAUGUUGCACUUAAUAAAUCGGGCUCUUGCUUUAUCACAGGGAGCUAUGAUCGGACGUGUAAAGUCUGGGACACCGCAUCUGGAGAGGAGCUUCACACCCUGGAAGGCCACAGGAAUGUGGUCUAUGCCAUAGCAUUCAACAAUCCGUACGGUGACAAAAUUGCCACUGGGUCCUUCGAUAAGACUUGUAAGCUAUGGAGUGUAGAAACGGGAAAAUGUUACCAUACCUUUAGGGGUCAUACAGCAGAAAUAGUGUGUUUAUCAUUCAAUCCUCAAAGCACGCUGGUGGCUACUGGGAGCAUGGACACAACAGCCAAACUGUGGGACAUUCAGAAUGGAGAGGAAGUGUUCACUUUAAGGGGACAUUCAGCUGAAAUCAUCUCUUUGUCCUUUAACACCUCGGGAACCAGAAUCAUCACGGGGUCUUUUGACCAUACUGUGGCAGUGUGGGAAGCUGACACUGGAAGGAAGGUGCAUACCUUAAUUGGGCAUUGUGCGGAGAUUAGCAGUGCUUUAUUCAACUGGGAUUGCUCUCUGAUAUUAACUGGCUCUAUGGACAAAACCUGCAUGCUGUGGGAUGCCACAAAUGGAAAAUGUGUGGCAACGCUAACAGGCCACGAUGACGAAAUACUAGACAGCUGUUUUGAUUACACUGGAAAACUUAUUGCAACUGCUUCAGCUGAUGGAACAGCAAGGGUCUUCAGUGCGGCCACAAGAAAAUGCAUUACCACACUGGAAGGCCAUGAAGGCGAAAUUUCAAAGAUUUCUUUCAAUCCCCAAGGGAAUCGCCUUCUGACUGGCAGUGCUGACAAAACAGCUAGAAUCUGGGAUGUUCAGACCGGUCAGUGCCUCCAGGUUCUUGAAGGGCACACGGAUGAGAUCUUUUCAUGCUUUCAACUAUAA